AUGUUCCCCGACGACGUCAGGCUCGCGCCGAGCGCGCACCCGCACCGUGUCGUGGCGCGCGCGACGACGACGAAGCCGAGCGGCACCCACGGGCGCGGCGAGCAGCCGAGCGCCGAGCGCGACGGCCUGCCCGUCGUGGCGGCCGGCGCCGGGCAGCGUGUCACGCUGUACGACUCGUUCGAGCUCAACGCGAUGGUCGUGCGGCUGAACCGGGUGCUGAUCGGGGACGGCGGCGGCGGGGGCGGGGAAGCGAGGCGGCCGCGCAAGGCUGCCGGCAGCUGGCUCAACGCGCCCAAGGUUCUCUUCAGGAAGAUCAAGUGCGCGGUCCUUGGCGGCGGCCGGCGUGGCGACGGCUGA